AUGAUGAAUUCAUUUGAUGAGCUAAUUGAAAAUGAAAUUCGUGAGGAAAAAAAUAAACUAACAAACAUCAAUGAAGAAGAUAAUGAAAUAACAGGUUUUGUUCCUUCUCCCUGGGCUUCAGUGGGACGACUGCAUUCAUUUAAAAAAUAUAAAAAAUCUGGAUUGCCAGAAAAAUAUAAAAAUGAAAUUUUAAAUUUCAAUGAAUCACUUCCGCUGAAUUUUACUAUACCUAAAAAAAUAUACCCAGAAAUUUUAAUUGUCGUUGAUUAUAAUAUUUAUGAAAAAUUUGAAUAUAAUUCAACAAAAGCAAUUUUGUAUAUUCUAACAUUUUGGAACAGUGUUGAUUUGAAAUUUCGACGAUUGGAAAAUCCAAGUUUCUCUCUAAAUAUUGUUGGAAUUAUUUUUGCCUCAGAUGAAAAUUCAUUGAUUUAUUUGUUAGAUAAUAAUGACAGCAAUAAUGAAGAUGAGCUCUUAGAAAAAUGUGGAAUAUUUUGGUUUAAAUAUAAUCACAUAAUUCCAGUUGAUAGUUAUGACAUUGUCAUCACAAUGACAUCAUCUUCGCUGCCAAAUAGAAAACUCGGUCUCUCGUAUCAUUCUGGUGCUUGCCACUAUGAUAAUGGUAAAAAAAUCAUGAAAAAAAUUGGAAUUAUUCAAGAUCAAGGUGGUUACGAUGGGAUUCAAACAGCUGUAGAAACUUUGGCUCGUUUAUUUGGAUCAAAUUACGAUGACGAAAGAAUAAAAGAAAGAAAUUGUCCAUUUAAUGAUGGUUUUAUAAUGUCAAAUCGACACUUAACAAUAAAUUCAUCUGAUUUUUCAAAAUGUUCAUUAAAAGAUUUUCAAAAAUUUCUCAAUUCAAAUCCAUCAUGUUUAUACAAUGAGCCAAUAAUUGGCAAUAAAAUACCUCGUUAUUUACCAGGUAAAUUACAAAAUCAUGAUAAUCAAUGUAAAAAAAUUGAAGGAACAAAAAGUUGUCCAGUACCAAGUAAUCAUAUAUUUUGUCAACAAUUAAAAUGCAUUGAAAAAGGAUCUAAAAAUAAUUGCAAAGCCAUGACAGCCGGUGCAGCUGAUGGAACUUUAUGUGAAGAAAAUUCACAUUGUCUUCAUAAUCGAUGUAUUAUCAAUGAAUAAAAAAAAAUAAAUUUAACAAUAUAAAAUUUACCAUUUAAAAAGUACAAUUAAUUUUUAUUUUGAAACUUUUUUUUCUUAUGUUUAUUCUA